CAGCCUCAGAUUCCUGUUCUUGACUCACAGAGGAACUUUUACGUCAAUAGAAACACUUCCGCAUUGAUAGACGCGAAGUCGCGAAAGCUCGGUUUGUUAGACCUCCUUAAUUAUGUCAGACUGCUUGGUUAUGGUCUAGGCUUGAAGGAUGUGAGAUGCAGUAGUAGAGAAGAGUAUGGGAAAAUUGUACAAGGACUGUCUUUUUUUUUCAACACUGCGAAAUUAGUGCUUGUGGGAGUUUAGCUUGGGUUUCCUGAGGGGCGGAACCAAGCAACCACUGGCAUUUUAUCCAGAAAGGGAAAAGGGAGAGUGAAAUUAACGGAGCAAGCAGCUAGUAACGGUAACUUUCUUGGACAGUAGUGAUCUAGGACAGAGCAACACCUAGAGCCAAGCUGGUGUCUAAUAUUUACAGUUGAAGAUGUUGCGCUACCUGAUCAUCCUCUCUACGCUUCUCAUGACUGCUGUAAACGUCCGAGCACAAUGUGAGAGACCUGCUGUUGGAGGAAACCGGAUUUUGACUGAUGAUUCAGGCCAAUCAGAGUUUCCUGAUGGAUCCACUGUAAAGUUCAGAUGUUCCUCUGGUUAUGUGUCUGUGAGCGCAUCAGCAUCCAGGUCAAUCACCUGCACCGGAACCCAAUGGAGCGAACUCGAACUUCAAUGCAAAAAAAGAUCCUGUGGAAAUCCUGGCAGCAUUAACCAUGGAAAGUAUCGGUAUCCACAAGGAAUAGAGUUUGGUGCAACCAUCAUCGCAGUGUGUGAUGACGGUUAUCAGCUUGUUGGCAGAUCAGUGAGAAAUUGCAGAGAAAACGGUUGGGAUGGAAGAGCUCCUGUAUGUGAAGUGGUGAAGUGUCUAAAGGCUCCCAGUAUAACAGAUGGAUACUUUGAACCAGAGGCGGAAUCAUACGAUUAUAGAGAAGCAGUCAUAUACUCUUGUAAGAGAGGUCUUGAUCUUAUUGGACCUUCAGAAAUAACAUGCUCAGGUGAUGGAACUUUUCAGCCUCCUCCUCCUCGGUGUCUGGUUUUGUCCUGUGAGAGUCCGCAAAUUUCAAACGCAGUUAGAAUUGAAGGAAAAUCACCACCUUAUAAAUAUAACAACCUCGUCCGCUACAAGUGUAAUAAAGGCUACAGAAUGGAAGGUUCUGAUUUCCUGACCUGUAAGGAAGAUGGGUGGGAUCCACCUCCUCCUCAGUGCACUGUUAUAACGUGCUUAGAACCUCCUGCUAUAGACAAUGGACUAUUUGACCCUCUGAAGGAGUUGUAUGAAUACGGACAAACAGUCACAUACUCUUGUCAUGAAGGUUUUAGACUUAGUGGAGCUUCAACAAUAGCUUGUACUGAUGAUGGAACAUUUCAGACUUCUCCUCAGUGUCAAGAGAUCACCUGUGAUUUACCUUUCAUCACAAAUGCGAAUAUCAGUGGAAGCUCACCAACUUACAGAUACGGUGUCUCAGUCCAAAUCAGGUGUAAUAAAGGCUACAGAAUAGUGGGCUCUGAUAACCUGACCUGUACGGAACAUGGCUGGAAUCCAUCUCCCCCACAGUGUAUCGUGUUGACCUGUGAUGUACCCAACAUUAGCAAUGCAGUCAUAGUUGGAAGAAAGGCAUCAUCCUAUAACUAUAAGAUGUCCAUCCAGUACCAGUGUGAUAAAGGCUACAGAAUGGAGGGGUCUGACCUCCUGACCUGUGAGGAAAAUGGAUGGAAUCCACCUCCUCCAAAGUGCAACAUUGUGACCUGUUUAAAACCUCCUGUUAUAAACAAUGGACACUUUAACCCCCUGAAGGAGAAAUAUGAAUAUGGACAAACAGUCACAUACUCAUGUGAGAAAGGGUUUAGACUUCAAGGUGCUUCAACAAUAUCAUGUACUGAUGAUGGAACAUUUCAGCCUUCUCCUCAGUGUCUGGAGGUGACCUGUGAUGUACCCCAAAUUGAACAUGAAGUUGUAGUUGAAGGCAUAUUGACAUAUCACAGAUAUGACAAAUAUAAAUCAUCAGUGGUCAUCAGGGUCCAUUGUGACACUUUAUACAAGAUGGAAGGGUCUGAGUACCUGACCUGUGAGGAACACGGAUGGAGUCCACCUCUUCAAGAGUGCAGUUUGAAUUGGAUUUUAAUUGUCUUUUUAGCAGUACUGGGUGUUUGUCUCUGUCUAGUUUUUGUCUAUUUCAUCAAGAAAAUGAUUGAAAUGAUUGAGAAACACAGAAGAAAUGCAGCACUUGAAGCCUAUUCCAAACCUGAACACUGUUCUCUGGUCAAUAUGUCCUCCUGUGCUCCUACAACAGAGGAAACGUCACCAAAAAACAUGUACUAAUAGUGACCCAUAGUCUCUCCAGCUAAUUUACCUUAAGAUCUGGACGAGGCAACUUGCUUCAGGGUAUUGAAUAACCAUAGCAUUUAUCUGUAAACAAAUCUUAUGCUUGCUUUUCAAAAAGCAAAGUCUGCUGAUAUUCUACAAAUAUUCUCUAUUUGUGCAAAACUAUGACAGCUCAGUUAUGAGUGAUUUCUGUUGUUUGCCUUAUUCUGUUAUGUUUGCACUAAAUGUAUGUUGAUUCAAGUUUGUGUGCACUUACCAACUUUGGGUAAGUUCACAGACUGAGCUUUAAAUGAAAAAUAUCAACUAUUAGCUUUUACUUUGCACUAGAAUGCACUAUAAAGAUUGUAUAAAUUAUUAUGAACAAAAAUUAUUUCCUUAUUUAAUAAUGUCAUGAUUGAUCUAAGUCAGUCAGUCAGAGAAACCCUGACCUGGAGCACUCACAACUCAAAGCAGAUGAUAAAACAUAUCAUGUUUUUAAAGAGCGUAUUUCCAUAUUGCAUAGACCAUAGACAUGGAUCAUGUCGAUUAUUCUAAAGAAAAGUGUUCUAAACAUAAACAUACUCUAGCACCCUGGGUCUUCAGUGAAGGUCAACGGAAUGUAAAACAGGUAUUUAAACACAUUUUAACAUUAGAAUAAUUAAUAAUAUAGCUGCAAGCAGCAAUUGUCAGGGUUCAAGCACUUUAAGACCUUUUAAGUCAUGCGUAAAAAGACUAAGCACCUAAAUCAGAAAACAAGCAAGAUAAUUUUAACAAAUAUGGGCCUUUGUUAACCUUGUCUAAUAGCUUCUGAACAUUGAUUGGCUGAUGGUGGUCAUGUUUUUCAAGAUUCACAACUGUCCUCAUAGACACUUUGUGCAAGAUUUCAAGUCGAUUGAACCAGUGGUUCCAUAAUUACUGCCAAUUUCAUGUUUUUUGCUGUUAUAGCACCACCACAUGGCCAAGUGCCACCAUUUUGUGCAUGUGACCUCAGACUGAGCCUAUACAUAAGUCUGCCAAGUUUGGUGAAAAUAUCUCAUUUCCUUCAAGAGUUAUUGUCAUUUCAAUAAAAGUGGCCACACUCUCUUCAAACAUUUUUGCCUGCCGUCAUGGCGAUGAAUCAAAAGUAGGACUGGUUCGCAGUAAUUAACUACAUGGUAGUUUUCCCCCAAAGAUUAUUUUCCUAUAACAGCAUGUUUUAUUUCUUUUAUACCACAGAAUUUGCCAUAGAUUACAAUUUUUUUACUUAUUGAAGAAUGACAUUAUCCAUUUACAGGUACAUUUAAUGUUGUGGAACAUUUGUGAAACAAGUUAGUUCCUGUUAUCACUGUUAACACGUUAUAGCAGUUAUAAACAAUCGUUCCCUUAACUUCUCGUGACUUUAAUAAAACGAGAAAAUGUUAACGAGAAACUGCAAGUCCCAAAACUUCCUGACUGUUACAAAGAGUCUAUACAUGUUAAAUAAACAACUUCUUCCCGAAAGCUUUUCUAUAUCAAUAAUUACGUUUUCUGUGUUUAAUAAAGAAAGCUUUUUAUUCAUUUAUUAUUAGGCUUAAAUUAUGUGUAGAGUCUGAAAUAUAUGUCCAUGUGAUAGUAUAACACUUUGGUAACACUUGUAACACAAGAAAAGAUGUGUUUCUUUUUCUCUGUAAAUUCUUUUUGUAUUUACAUUCAAAAUAAGAAAGCCAAAAAUAAUUUUUACAUCACUUGAACGUCAAGCUGAUGAAUUACUAGAAAAGUUUGUAUCUGAUGUUUUUUUUUAUUUUUUUAAAUAAAUGGUUCACUUCAGGAUUGGCCUAUAAUUAAUAAUGAGUUUUUUUUUUUUUUUUUAAUUACUCUGUUUUGCUGUCACGGUGCACAAUAAAAAAAGAAUAGUAGUUUGAAAAAAAUGUGCUUGUGCUGAUAUUACUAAAACCCAUUUUCUUCAAUA